CUCUUCGCUGGUGGCGCGGCAGGCGCCAUCGCCAAGACAUGUGUUGCACCUCUGGAACGCACCAAGAUUCUGCUCAUGGUACGGACUGCCGUGAGGAUUAUGGAUUUCCAAAGUCCAAACCUGGCCAGCACCCUACGACUCAUUCUCGCCACGGAGGGGGUCCCCGGUCUCUUCCGCGGCAACGGGGCCUCGUGUCUCCGGAUCAUGCCGUACGCCGCUAUCCACUUCAGCGUGUACGAAGCCUAUCGUCGAAUCCUGGCGGAGCACAUGAUCGCGUCGCGGCGGCGGCGGCCAGGACCGAUCGUGGACCUCGUGGCGGGCUCGGCCGCCGGCGCAACUGCCGUACUGCUGACUUACCCGCUUGACAUGGUGCGGACGCGAAUGGCCUGGGCAAUGGAUGGAGGGAAUGCGUCAACAGCGGCGGUUCCUGAAGCACACGGGCUGGCUGCAGCAGCGCGGCAGCCGCCGGCACAUCACAUCCGGAUUGGAGCAAUGCUCGUACACACAGCGCGCCAUGAGGGCAUCCGCGGGCUAUACCGCGGCCUUGCGCCGACGCUGUACGGCAUCAUGCCGUACGCAGGUUUGAAGUUUUUCGUGUACGGCUCUUUGAAGCAAUGCGUCAGCGAGCGGCUCCCAGUGCCGUACAUGUUGGCCUUUGGCGGCGUAUCGGGGUUGUUGGCACAAACUGUGACCUACCCGCUGGACGUCGUCCGCCGUCGGAUGCAGGUGUACGGCAUCCAACAAGAAGCUGCCGCUUCAGCAGUUACAUCGCGGCUUACAACAUGGGACGUUGGGAGUACGAUUGUACGGCAGGAAGGGCUGCGGGGGCUGUUCCGGGGACUGAGCCUGAACUACGUGAAAGUGGUGCCCUCGACGGCCAUCGGGUUCACAGUGUACGACAUGUUUAAGUCGUACCUUGGGGUC